AAUUAGAAAACCAUGCACUGUUCAUAUCCAUGGAGAGAUGGCAUGCGUGCUCCUCUUCAGUCGACUUCAUCCCUUCUCACACCGGCUCACAAGAACAUCCAUUUGCUUAUUAUCGCUUUUUCUCUCUUAUCUGUGCUACUGUGCACUGUUCCCUGCCGAUACCAUCAUGCAAAAGUCAGGUGAUCCGACACCCAGCUGUCAGCGCGUCCUGGCCGAUGGAGCCAAAAGGCGCAUUCAGAAAACACCUUCAUGCGUUUUGCCUUUGGAUGCGAGACCGAUCAUCGUCGAGGUUUCUCGGCUGAAAUCCGACCAAAGACCUCCGUCAAUUCUCCACAUCGACACCCCCAGUCCUCCCAUGGGUAACUUAAAGUUUGGGAAUAAAAAGUUACCAAACGCUAUUAUAGUUGGUGUGAAAAAGGGAGGCACCAGAGCUGUCCUGGAGUUCAUAAGGAUUCAUCCGGACGUGCGAGCAGCUGGAACCGAGACACACUUCUUCGACCGGAACUAUGACAGAGGUCUGGAGUGGUACAGAGGUUUAAUGCCAAGGACUCUUGAAAGCCAAAUCACAAUGGAGAAGACACCAAGCUACUUUGUGACAAAGGAGACGCCGCACCGGAUCUCCGCCAUGUCCCGGGACACCAAGCUCAUCGUGGUGGUGCGGGACCCCGUCACCCGUGCAAUAUCAGACUACACUCAGACUUUGACCAAAUCUCCCGACCUGCCGAGCUUCCAGGAUCUGGCCUUCAGGAACCAGAGCCUGGGCAUUGUGGACACGUCGUGGAACGCCAUUCGCAUCGGCCUGUACGCUCUGCACCUCGAAAACUGGCUCCGCUACUUCCCUCUGGCUCAGAUCCACUUUGUGAGUGGGGAGCGUCUUAUCACAGACCCUGCAGGGGAGUUGGCACGAGUGCAAGACUUCCUUGGGUUAAAGCGCAUUGUCACAGACAAACACUUCUACUUCAACCGCACCAAGGGCUUCCCCUGCCUGAAGAAGCCGGAGAGCAGCGGCUCGCCUCGCUGCCUGGGCAAGUCCAAGGGCAGGACUCAUGUGCAGAUAGACAGAGAUGCUAUUGAGCAGCUGCGGGACUUCUAUAGACCUUACAACAUUAAGUUUUAUGAAAUGGUGGGUCAUGACUUCAAGUGGGAGUAGAGGUUGGAGUGAUAUUUUUAAAUGGAAGGAGAAAGAUUUAUGUAUUUCACAAAUUCAAAAAUAGGAUGCCUGCAUUGAUAUUACAUGGCUGAGGCGGAUAGAGAAAUAUCAGCACUCUCCUGAAAUCUUAAGAGUGAAACUGAAAAGCAGUACUAUUUUUCGAAGUGAGACGUAAUAAAUAUAGGAAUAUCUACGACGACAUUGCUUUUGCACUUGUAAUGAUCAGUUACCAGCCAGCGUCAACAUCCUGUUUGUGGCCAAAUAUAGCCCUCAUUUCAGCUUCAGGAUCACACAAUGUCUUUUCCUGCAUUAUUGCUGACUAGAUCCCCCAUUUGCUGACUGGUUUAUAAAAAGAGGACAUUCCAGGGAAUGGGAUUAGUUCUUCUUAAAACCUGCUUCACUAAUCAAGGCAGGGCUUGAAAGCAAGACCUUGGAAAAUGUCAGCAAAGUCUUCAGGGAGAGGAGAAUUAAGCUGCAGCACUGUGGUGGUAAAUCUGAAAUGUAAAGCCAUAACGCAAGUGGGAGUCAUCUAAUAUCACUUACUGUUGGUCUCAUCAGUUUCUAUACAGAGGGGAAGGGUUUCUGUCUCCUUAUUUCCAGCAUGAAUCCUGUAAGUUAGUACAUGCAGCGCUUCACUUUGUUCUCUGUGCUUUAUUUGCCAAAUCCAUGUUUAUAUUUUUGUUACCAAAGUAUUUCAUCACAUGCCUUAGCCACAAUGC